AUGGCAUUACCUACCUUACAACAAUUACCGAUAAUUUUAUUAUCAAAAAUUGCAUCUAACUUAAAUAUCUAUGAACAAAAAAAUUUCUCUGAUACUUGCAGAGCUGCUAGAUCGGCAUUAAAAUUAUAUUGGAAGACUUACACGGAUUUUCACGUAGGUGCAGUGAUGAAGCAAGCUUUUUCAAUUGCUUAUGAAACGAAUCAAUAUUCGUUGCAUACUAUACGUAAAGAAAUUGCCAAUAUGUUGCGUCUAAUACCUAACUUUACAUUACGUACGCUUCAUUUUCAGCCUAUUUGUACACUACAUCUAUGGGAUUUGCAAGAUAUAGAAUUGUUCACAAGAAAAUCUGCGAAACAAAUUUAUGGCGCGUUGAGACAUUUGGAUUUGCGUGGUUGUUCGGUGGAAUACAAUGAAUUGAAAUAUUUCUCGAAUGCAUGCAGCAAGCUUUCAUCAAUUGCAAUCACGCAUGCAGCUACUAUUCUACCAAAUGAAUUAUUUGAAAACGAAGAUUGCAUGAAACAAAAUGCAUUAGGACAGCAUCCAUUCGAGAAAAUGCAUGAAUUUCUCCGUUUAUCGCUUCCUAAAUUUACGGAAAUGGAAAAAAGUGGAGAACUACCGGUGGAACACAUUGAAUUGAUUACUAAACUACUUAUAUUAUUUCCAUAUCUUGAAACUUUCCAAAUUGAUUAA